AUGCCGGAAAUUGAGCUUCGCGCUGUUUCCAGAGCAGCAUGGCUUAUCAGGUCCACGGGCAGGCGACCUUUGGAUCUGUCCGCCAUGCAGAAACGCUGUUGUUCGGAGAGAAUCGCGGCGCGCAAUGAGCAGCGCUCCGCAGGUUGGCGACAAGAAGCCAUUCUACAUUACCACACCUAUAUUCUAUCUCCCCAUGUCGGACAUUUGUAUACCAUGAUACUUGGGGAUGUUCUGAAACGAUGGCAGAUUCUGUUGGGUGACACGGAUGCGAAGCUCCUUACAGGGACGGAUGAACAUGGUUUGAAGAUUCAACAGGCGGCUGCUGUGGCUGGGAUGGCCCCCCAGGAGCUCUGCGAUCAGAACUGCCAGACAUUCAAGAAUCUUGCCAGAACCGUCAACGUGAACUAUGAUCACUUUAUAAGAACUACGGAUCCUCAGCAUAAGGAUGCCGUACGGUAUUUUUGGGAUAUGCUCAACCAUCGCGGCUAUAUAUAUACAGCUAAACAUGAAGGCUGGUAUUCCGUCAGUGACGAGGCUUUCUAUCCUCCGUCCGCUGUCCAGCCUAUCCUUGACCCCUCAACUGGCCGGAAAAUAAUUGCGUCCAUAGAAACAGGGAAAGAAGUGCAAUGGACGUCCGAGGAGAAUUACCAUUUCCGGCUCUCUGCUUUUAAGGAGCCGCUGCUUGAACAUUACAGGAACCAUCCCAACUUCAUUACACCCAAGCACUAUAUGGAUGACAUGAUGAACGCUAUCUCGGCAGGAUUACAAGAUCUAUCGAUUUCACGGCCCGCCAGUCGGCUAAAUUGGGGGAUUCCGGUGCCUUACGACGAGUCGCAGGUUAUCUAUGUUUGGUUGGAUGCCCUGGUUAACUAUAUCACCUAUGCCGGAUACCCCUUUCCUCCCGACGCUAAGUCGAUAUGGCCAGCAGACGUGCAGGUGGUUGGAAAGGAUAUUUUACGAUUCCACUGCAUUUAUUGGCCGGCGUUCCUGAUGGCAUUGGGCCUCCCGCUGCCUCGCCAAAUCAUGGCGCACGCUCAUUGGACGAUCAACAAUGAGAAGAUGUCCAAGUCGACGGGCAACGUCGUCAACCCAUACUUUGCCAUUGAGCGUUUUGGCGUUGAUACGGUGCGCUUCUUUCUCGUCAUCGAUGGCGCCCAGGUUUCCGAUUCCGGUUACGAAAACUCAUAUAUCGUCGAGAGGUACAAGAAGGGCCUGCAACGGGGCCUUGGGAAUCUUGCUAGCCGUGUGCUGCGGGGUAAGAAGUGGAUUGUGCGGAGUAGUGUUGUCAUGGCCGGGGAAGGGCGGUUUCCGAGGACGGAGCAUCAGGAUUUCCUCGAGUCGAUCCCGGAGAAGGCCAGGGAUGAGAUGAGGCAGCUGGACCCACGUAAGGCGCUGAACAGCAUCAUGGAAAUCAUAAUUCAGACCAACAAAUAUUUCCACCAAAUGAAACCUUGGAUCCUGGCCAUGUCCAACGUCGUCAUGCUGAACAGUGUCAUCUACAGCACCGCCGAGUCUCUCCGCAUUGCAGGCAUACUCCUGCAGCCAUUCAUGCCCCAGAAAUCCUCAGAGCUGCUGGACAUGCUAGGAGUUGCAAGGGCGGCCGAAAAACGCAAUUUCGACGCCGCCAAGUUCGGCAGGGAUCUGGAUUACGGCGUCCCCCUUGUGGAUCUUAAGCAUGGCACGACCGGUACGUUGUUCCCGCCGCUGAUAAGCGAGCAGUGA